CUGAUAAAGCUCCUACAUUUUCCUUCUCUUCAAUCUUUGUCUCUUGUUUCAAAUAUGGAUCGAUUGUGUGAGAGGGACCCGUGGUAUGAUGAGAUGAAGAAUGCAAAGAAGAAGAUGGAUCAACUAGAAAAAGUCGGAUUGAUGGAAGGAAUUCCGGAGAGAUGUCCUUGUGGUGGACGCAUCCUCGUCAGGAUAUCUGAGAACGAUGGUGACAAAGGGAAGAGAUACUAUCAAUGCGACGUGUAUAAGAAUGAUGGUUUACACAUUCGGAAACUUUGGGAUAAAGCUAUGGAAGAAGAGGUGACUAACUUAAGGGAGGAGAUUGAUACCCAUCACAAAAAGAUUCAAAGCUUGGAGUACUAUCAACAAGAAAUGCGUUCGGAGUUGAAAGAUAUAAUCCGACGUAUUGGAAGUCAGGGAUUUCGAUACCUUGGUCCUUUCAUUGCUGCUGGCCCUUGGUUUAAAGAGAUUGUGUACUCCCGUGAAGUUCUCCUCGACGCAGAUCUUGAUGAAUUCAUGUUUAACACUAGACUUGGUAGAGAAGAAUCUAUCUACCGACCAUUCUUGUUAAGAUGCGCAGCUGAAGGUCAUAAGACUGCUAGAUACAUUGAAUCUCUGCGCCGAUUGACUCAAGUUGGCCCGUCGGUUGAAGCGUUGGAGAUGCUUGGAGAAGUAGGUAUGAUAGUUAACAGAACUUUUAUGGCUAGAUUUGAAACUUUGCAAGAUGCGAUUGACAUUGCAGAUGUUGUGGAAAGCCAGUUAGAACAAGCAUAUGCUUUCCUUGGUACUUUGCGCGGUGAUGCAACUUCUAAAUGACCUUUAAUCCGUGACAUCUUCGGCCUCCCAGAUUGGACCUUAAUAAAAGGUGGAUUGACAACCUUCCCGGUUACUGAAUCAGGUACAGAACAAGCCUCAUCCUUUGGCAUUACAGAUUUUGAAUAACCAUUGCGUAAGUAU